GUCCAAUCGGACAAGAUAUUUUGGGAUCUGUUUUAUAAUAAAAUAAGAAUUUAUACAAAUUUUUAGCCCCAAAAAAAAAAAAAAAAGUUGUUCGCAUCCCUCUGCAUCCGAUCCGCCGAGAAGCAGAGAACUCCUGACGGCCAACUGUACAACAACAGAGCCCAAACAUCCUCUUCUGGUGUUACGUAAUAAUAAGCAUAGAAUGGGGCGCAUUUGCAAAUUGGAAGAAGAGCUGGUGUUGGAAAUCCUGUUGAGGUUACCCGCAGAGUCUGUUAUCCAAUCCAAGCUGGUGUGCAAAAGGUGGUACACUCUCAUCAAAGACUCGGCAUUUGCGACCAGGCAUUUCCAUUAUUCUACCACCAUUGUACCAUCCUCUACAACAACACUCUUGCUCACUGGACCAAGUGGCUUAGCCAAGGACUAUGUGAUAUGCACCUUGACAAACCAAGAUGUUGGCCACCAUGGCGGCGAUGUGAUGAAUUAUGUUGUUGAAGAAGAAUCCAAGCCACCACAUUAUCUGUUUGUGACGUCUCAUUGUAAUGGCAUCUUCAUGGUGUCUUUAGUCCCUUUUGUAGGCACUAUUUUAUGGAAUCCCACCAUCAAGGAAGUGAAGCUUCUACCCAGUCCAAGGUAUUACCCUGUACAUGGGGAAGGAUUUGGGUAUGAUUCCAAAGCUAAUGAAUACAAGGUUGUCAGUAUUCCAUCAUAUUGUUCUUGCAAAGCUGAGAUAUAUACUAUGAGUAGUAAUUGUUGGAGAGAGAUUGAGAUGCCAAUAGAAAUCGGUCAUAGCAUUCAGGAACAUGUUUACUGCAAAGGAGUUUGUUACUGGUUAACGUUGAACGUUCAAGAUAAGAUAACCUUACUUUGGUUUGAUAUGUCUGAUGAGAAAUUUGGUACCAUAGAGUUGCCGCUUAGUGCUAAUGAAAAGGAAGGAAUAUAUGAGAAGAAUAACAGGCUGGUGUUGCGGAAUGACACCAUUGUUUUGUUGUCAUAUCCUAGAGUGUUUCCGACUGCUAGUAUAGCCAUUGAAAUGUGGGUGCUUAAUGGUUGUUGUUGGACCAAACUUGAAACAAUUGGACCGCUGUCCUUAAGCAUAGCAAUGGCAUUUUGGAAGAGGGAUGAACUCCUUUUUAAGGAUGGAAAUCGAGAAUUGGUCUCCUACAAUCUUCGCACAAAAAAGAUCAGAAACAUUUCGUUUGGCACUAAGCUUACAAGUUUUGCAGGUGCUUACCCUUAUGUGAAGAGUCUGGUUUCACUUAAGAGAGGUACCAAACUCGAUCGUUUAUCCACAUUUGAAGCCUGCCUCAAGUUUUUUCGAAGAUAAAUAAUUGGAAUAUGCAUAUGUUUUUUUCCUUUUGAGCAUGUGAAGCAGAGGAUUCUGUGAAAAUUAAUUAAGCUUCAUUUGUAAUUGAAGCGUAUGGUUUUCAUGUUUU